AUGUGUAGUGCGUAUGAAAGUAUCGAGUGUGUUUCAAGUUUGUACUUGCUAGUGAUGGUGAUUUUUCGUGGACGGUCUUGGUUGGUCCUUGCCAAGGCUGUUGCCUCUUCUGUCGUCUCUGGAGUCGACACCGGAUAUGCUGGAUCCAGCGGCUUGAUGCCCCAGCAGUUCGUCUCCAACAACCAGCCAUGCGGCUUCAUCUGCUAUGGCUUCGGUGAGUUCGACGGACAGGGCUCUGGCCACGACUUCUCCGGCAACGACUGGCACCCCGCCUUCGGCUUCGUCAACAACUGCGACGGUGCCCGCUCCCACUCCUACUGCGAUUACCGCCAGCAGUAA